CGUUGACACACCUAAACGCAGUUCUGUCGAUAAGAAGUCCACACAUUUAACAACGACAGCGACGUUGUCAUUAUGGGGGGAGAGCAAAGUAGAGAAGAAACGAGGUACGUUUCUGACGACAAAAAACUACAGGAUGCAAUAGACAAGGAGCGGGAAAGACUCAAAGAAGAAAAAUAUCGAAGAGAGAAGGAACGCCAAACAAAGAAAUUGGAAGCAUACUUGGAAAAACAAAUACCGAAACUACAAAAUUAUGAAUUCGGUAACAGUCUGGGCAAAGAUGCGUUUUCUUCCAUUCCAUGCAGUGAUAUGAAGGUUAUUAAAAUAGUUGUAUUUGGACCAACUGGGGCUGGAAAGUCAUGUUUCAUAAACAUGGUACAGCAUGUAGUUGAAGGUCGUAGUUUCGAGCAGUGCAAUGCCCAGACACAGAGUACUGGCAAAGAAGGAACUAUCCAUUUGGAAUCACAUCUGAACAACUAUAAUUUCCGCCUCUUGGAUACGAGAGGUUUCUUCGAAGAGAGAACCUAUAUGUCUGAACUGGAUUCCAUACUGUCAGGUGGGAUUAAAGUUGAUGAACUCAUUAAAAGAGACACAGAUAACAUGCAGGGACGUGUAUCACCGACCGCAUCACAGGUUUCAUCACUGGCAGAUCGGGUCCAUGGCCUCAUAUGUGUCUUAGAUUAUGACGAUCCAAGAUUCAACAUGUACAACGAUCGUAUGAAGGAGUACAGAAAGCAAUUUAAAAAAGAAGGAUAUUCCCCUGUGUCAGUGGUCGUAUACAAAUCGCAUGGCGAUAUCCCGGAUGAAGAGGCAAAAGAAAGAACAGCUGAGGCGGCUUCAGCUAUAGGGUCGCCAAUAGAUCGUACUUUCAUUCUAAGAAAUCAUAUUGCCAGUUCAGAAAAAGAGGUUACUGUUCCUUCUAAAGUCGCACUGAUACAGGCACUUGAAACAGCCCUAAUAGGAGCUGAGAUGUAUGUUAAAAUAAAGAAACUCGCUGAUACUAAGAACAGGAAAAAGACAGAUAUGACGCUUGAUAAGUUCUUGAAAGAAGCACGGGCAAGACAUGGUUGGAAAGACGAUGAUGUUACCAAUAUAAAGGAAACAUUCAACAAGAACGAUAUCUACGAUUUAGCCAGUUUGAAAUUGUUUUGGCCAGACAUCAAAGAUGAUGUCAAGAAAUGGGGAGUGCGUCUUUUUCUAGGGAAAGAAUUAGAGCGAACAGAUGUUCAUUGAACUGGGGAGGGCAAGAUUUUGCGUUGAUUGUUCUAUAUUACUUUAUAGCAUUUUUUGUGGUAUUAGAUAUUAAUUUUUAUAUCAUCAUUGUAUCAAAUUAUAACAUUACUGUAAUAUUAGACUUACAACGUGCUAUAAAUUAGUAAUUGAAGGUUAGGGCACAAACGGUUGCAGUAACAUUUACAAACAAGCCAGAAACAAUAGUUUAGCAUACUUAUCGGCAUUAACAACGAUUUGCAUUUGACAAAAAUGUAACUGUUUCAAUCUAAAUUGUUUUAGAGUGAGUUUAAAUAAUGAGUCAAUCAACAUGGGGCGAGAAAGGAAAUGUGUGGAGAGUUUAGAUUAACCUUGUCCAUGCGGUAAUCUGGCUUACGUGGUAAUCCGGCUUUAAUGCUUAUAUAUUUGAGCCCCGUAUUCGUUGCAAGAACAAAUAAUUAAAUACUGUAACAAUGGCCAUGCGUUAUACAUAUAUGUCAAAUCCUAAUUAUAAUUUGUAUAUUACACAUAGGCACGAAUGUAAUCAUCUUUAUUUAGAAAACUAUUUUAUCGUAAGGGAUUGAAAACUUGUCUUUCAAACUGUUUUA